GUGGGCUUUUUGGGGGGGGGUUACGCCUUCAUUUAGUCAUUUCAAUCCAAAAGAGUCAGCCAGGUCUGGAGCGUCUCGAUGCCCAUCGUUAUCAAUUAUCAUUGACCAGGACGGAACGAUUUUAAUCGGGGUUAACAAACUCUGGUUAGCCCAGCUGUAUAACUUAGCGAGAUCCGAUAAUAGCGGGCGAUAUAUCCGGCACACCAAGGAUUGAAACAGCGGUGUAACGCACCGGCUCGUGCGCUCCUCGCUUUCGUCGCCUUUGUUCGCUCAGUCGUGACGCUUAAAAUUCCACCCCACACUUUCGCUCCUCUCGCUCUGGAACUCCGCCGCAGCGGCGAAUUGUGGAGGCUACGUCGCUUUCUUUCUUCGCACUUGGAAGUCGAGGAAGAAUCGAUCAGCUGUCAUGGAAGACUACAGAGAUAAAUACACCAAGGAUGGGACAACAGAUAUCCAUGGCCAACCAGCUCUGAAGAAGGAAACUGGAAAUUGGAGGGCUUGUCCCUACAUACUUGCAAAUGAAUGCUGUGAGAGGCUGGCAUACUAUGGCAUGAGUACCAAUCUAGUAAACUACAUGAAAAAUCGGCUCAACCAAGUGAAUGCUACUGCUGCAAACAAUGUCACUAACUGGUCUGGUACGUGCUAUAUUAUGCCACUUCUCGGGGCAUUUAUAGCUGAUGCCUACUUAGGAAGAUAUUGGACAAUUUCCAGCUUCAUGAUCAUCUAUAUAUUGGGUUUGGUAUUACUGACUAUGACGGCAUCAGUGAAAGGUCUGAAAGCUCCUUGCAGUAAUGGUGUUUGUCAUCCAACAAAAGCACAAACCGCAGCAGUCUUUAUAGCACUUUAUCUUAUUGCAUUGGGUACAGGAGGGAUCAAACCAUGUGUCUCUUCUUUUGGUGCUGACCAGUUUGAUGAAUCUGAUGAAUCAGAGAAGAAGAGAAAAAGUUCAUUCUUCAAUUGGUUCUACUUCUCCAUUAACAUAGGAGCCCUGAUUGCUGCUUCUGUGCUAGUUUGGAUUCAGAUGAAUGUUGGAUGGGGAUGGGGUUUCGGAAUCCCUGCAGUGGCAAUGGCCGUUGCAGUUAUAAGCUUUUUCUGGGGCACAAGAUUGUAUAGGCACCAAAAACCUGGAGGAAGUCCUCUGACACGUAUUGCUCAGGUUAUUUUUGCAUCUGUAAGGAAGGCAGGAGUGAAGGUACCUGCUGACAAGUCACUAUUAUAUGAAAUUACAGUAAAAGAAUCAGCCAUAGAAGGUAGCCGUAAGCUUAAACACACAGACCAAUUAACCUUCCUUGACAAGGCUGCGGUAGAGACUGAAGAAGACAAGAACAAGGGUCCAGUGAAUCCAUGGAGACUUUGUACAGUCACCCAAAUUGAGGAGCUGAAGAGUGUUCUCCGACUUCUUCCUAUAUGGGCAAGUGGCAUUAUUUUCUCAACUGUCUACAGCCAGAUGAGCACCAUGUUUGUCCUCCAAGGCAACACUCUGGAUCCCCAUAUGGGCCCCCACUUCAAGAUACCAUCGGCUUCUCUCUCCAUCUUUGAUACCAUUAGUGUAAUUGUGUGGGUUCCAAUUUAUGAUCGUUUUUUAGUACCAUUCGUGCGGAAACUCACUGGCCGGGAUCGCGGCUUCACCCAGCUGACGCGCAUGGGCAUUGGUCUUUUCAUCUCCAUCUUUUCAAUGUUGGCAGCUGGUAUUCUCGAGGUUGUUAGGCUGCAAGUUGUGGCACGGCACAACUUAUACAAUGACAAAGAUGACUAUGUUCCCAUCUCAAUAUUCUGGCAAGUGCCUCAAUACUUCAUCAUAGGGGCCGCCGAAGUGUUCACCUUCAUCGGGCAACUGGAAUUCUUCUACGACCAAGCACCUGACGCAAUGCGGAGCAUGUGCUCAGCCCUAUCGCUUACCACCGUUGCACUUGGAAACUACCUGAGUACCUUGCUUGUUACAAUCGUCACAUCCAUUACUACAAAGAAUGGAAAACUCGGAUGGAUUCCUGACAAUCUUAAUCAAGGCCAUCUGGAUUACUUCUUUUGGCUUUUGGCAAUUCUCAGUGUGCUAAACUUACUCGUGUAUCUAGUGAUUGCAAAGUUCUAUACCUACAAAAACACAGUAGAGGAUGCAGAUACGAAAGGUGAUGCCAUCGAGCCAUGAAUAAGGCAGUAUGCCAAGCUGUAGAAGUCUAUAUGGUAGAUCAGUCAGUAUCGCACCUCUACUGGGUACUUUUAUUUAUUUGAUAAACCUUUUAAAGAAAGGUAUAUUGCAAUUACUGAGUUGUUCUUGUGGUUAGUAAUCCUGUGAAUAUAAUUAUGCUGCUCUUUUAGUA